AUGCGCCGCGGCACGUGCCAGGCAGGGAAGGUGGCGAAUCAGAUCGAUCAGGUGAUCACGGACGCCUCAGAGCUGUUUGGAGUUCCCAAGGAUCACCGACACAUGGAGGAAGCCCGACACAUGGUGUUGAAGGCGCGCACGGAGGAAGCACAAGUGAAGAGGAGAGCUGAUAAGAAAUGA